AUGCGCCAGCUAAGGCUCGUCACCAACAUGAGGGCUCAUAAUGACACCUGGUUUGCGGAUUACUUGCUAAGGGUAGGGAAUGGCACUGAGGAAGUUGACGAUCAAGGAAACAUACGACUCCCUGAAGAUAUUUGUGUGCCAUCUACAGGCGAGGGUGACGACCUAGAGAAGCUGAUUAACCAUGUGUUUCUGACACUAGAUGACAACAUGUCCGAUCCGAAUUACAUGACUUCACGCGCAAUCCUCUCCACCACAAACGACAACGUCGACAAGAUAAACAUACGCAUGGUAGAGCGUUUUCGGGGAGAAGAAGUAAUCUACCAUAGCUUUGACAGUGCAGAAGACGAACCAUAUGGCUACUACGCUCCCGAGUUCCUGAAUGGGUUGACUCCCAACGGUCUGCCUCCGCAUGCACUCAAACUGAAGCUCAAAUGCCCUGUCAUACUUCUGAGGAACAUUGAUCCAGCUAAUGGUCUGUGUAACGGGACGAGGCUUGUGGUCCGAGGUUUCGAGAGGAACGCCAUCGACGCAGAAAUCGUGAUCGGACAACACGCAGGUAGGAGGGUAUUCCUUCCUCGAAUACCCCUAUCCCCGUCUGACAAUGACAUGUUUCCCUUCAAGUUCAAGAGGAAGCAAUUUCCUGUAAGGCUUAGCUUUGCUAUGACGAUUAACAAGGCUCAAGGACAGACGAUUCCGAUUGUUGGCGUGUACCUACCUAAUCCGGUGUUCUCUCAUGGUCAACUCUAUGUCGCGUUGUCUCGAGCCACCGCGAAGAGGAACAUAAAGAUCCUCAUUGAGAAGGAGAAGGAGAAGGAUAAUGGCAAGAAGCAAAGUGGUAAAUCAAAGAAGCGAAAAAGACCUUCCUUGUCCUUACAAACCUCGAUGAAGAACAUCGUCUAUAAGGAAGUCCUUACAGGCUGA